CUGUCAAAACUAAAGGCUCAUUUCUCGGAAGUCCCCGUUCAUUGCGUCACACGAAAUGUGAAAACAAAAUAAUUAUUCAAAUAGUGGAGCGUGUAAAUUCAGUGACACGACGCAUUUGUUCUUCAAAUACCAAAUAUGUCUUCGUUUGUAAAUCAUAGAAAUGAGGCGUCGGUGAGCGUUGACCAAACAAGCUCGAAAGAAACUGUAACUUACUACAGAAUAACAGUUAAAGUUGGCCCUGUGCACUGGAACGUGUUGCAUCGCUACAAUGACUUUGUAGAGCUCCACGACAAGCUCGUCUCAAACCAUGGAGUGGCCAAGGAGUUAUUACCCCCAAAAAAAGUUAUUCGGAAUAAAACACCAAAGUUUGUAGAACAAAGAAGGGAAGCGUUAGACGUGUAUUUGAAGAAUGUUUUCAACUAUUUGAAGUUGUCUAUGCCGUACGAAUUCGCCCACUUUCUGGACAUGCAUUUGUAUGAUAUAUUUUUCCUGCUGCAGGAUUUGGCAAAGACUUUGUUUUUAGAAGGAGACAAGUUGUUAGAGAAUGAGAAGUCUCAUAAAUUCACGCCAAUGCAGUUGCAUGCAAUAAGUGAACGUUUAAAAAUGGCCUGCCCAGCAACCGAGAAACAGGACCAAAUGUAUGACUUCAGCCACAUCCUAGACUACUGCUCGCAGCUCCGAGCCCUGAACAUUGAAGGCAGCUACGAGAAGCUUGGUACCAGCACCAUAGUCCCUAAUGAGCUGCAGUUUGACUUGGUACCGUUCAAGUCUCUGCAAGAAUUAUCAAUACUUGGAGUUCCUAUGGGAUGUAUUCAGAGUGUUGGUUCCCUCCGCGACACUCUAAUCAGCCUGUCAGUGCUAGUGGCAAGUGUGGUGUCCAUGAAUGAGUUCCUGCUAGUGGACAUACUACAUAAAGACCCCUCCAGCAUAGCUGACACUGUGAAAUGGAAGAAGCUGUCAAUAGUAAACUUCGCAAGCAACAACAUAAAGGACAUGGACUGGGCGAUCAAACUCGUCCCAAAACUGCAGCAUCUCAGUUUAUCCUCCAACAAGCUCUCCGAGCUGUGCGACGUGUCCUGCCUUCACGAACUCAGGGUCCUCAACUUGUCAAUGAACAACUUCCAACUAUGCGAGAGCUGGCACUCCAAAAUAGGUAACAUAGUCAAGAUAGAUCUCUCACAAAACAAGGUGGAAUCUCUUCAAGGAUUCUCUAGACUAUACUCCUUAGAAAGCUUGGAUUUAAGCUGCAAUUGCGUCACAGAUGUUGAAGAGGUACAGCAUAUCUGCAAACUGCCGGUUUUAGAGUAUCUAUGGCUCACGGCUAAUCCCGUAGCGUCGACCGUAGAUUAUAGAGUUAAAGUUUUGGAGCAGUUUAAUGCGAGGAUGGAAGAGAUUUGCCUAGAUAAUGAAAAGGCGUCAGGGAAAGAGCUGGAUACAGCCAGGGUACUGCAGGCCUUAAGGGUGGUGAAAGAGGGGAAGACUCCGAGCUUUCUGCAGAAUAAUAACACUACCCACUGUUUUAAUAGGAGUUGACAGUUAGGUUUGUAAAUAGAACAACUUGAUGUGUAUAUUGGAAUUAUUUUUUAUAAAUUAAAGUUAACUGACUUAGCCGGUUAGUAAUUAUUUGGACAUUUGUUAUAUAAAUAUUAUUCAUUGUAUUUCUAAAUUGUUGUGAAGUCUUGAAAAGCCUGUAAAAACUUGUUGAAUCAGAUAUAAUUUGAUAAAUAUUAUUAUAGACUUACAACACGAGAAUUUUAAACGCGUGUCUUUUAUAACUGUACCGUGUUAUUCCUGUUUUAUUUUUUCUUAUGGUGUAUUUACGUCAAUUUUACCGUGACGCUAAAUCGGUGUAAUUAUAAUCUCGUUAAUGUGCGUGAUAAUAAAUAAAUAAGAAUAAUAUUGUGCAUCUUGGUGCUUGAGCACUAAUGAUAAAUUUGAUGUAAUAGCGAGUAUGUUAGAUCAAUACGAUGAUAUUAUUGUGACCUAGUUAAAGAUUUUAGUUAUAGAAAAACGAAUACUAAGACGUUUGUAAUUUUAAAGCCGCAGAUUUGACCCGUAAGGCAGAUGGCGCUAUACAGGGGCAUAAUUUACGGGGUACAGUCAGCAUAAAAAUAUACAGUGACGGCCAAAAUUUUCAAAUAUAUCGUAAUCCGCCUUUGUUUCUAUAGAACUAAGAAUUUGUACCGCUAUAUUUCACAAUUUUAGCUGACACCAUAUAUUUGACGCUGACUAAAAUAGGGUAAAUACGUUCUCAAGCGCUUAAGCUCAAUGCAAAUGCACACACACACGGCGGGAGCGUGCGUGCGCGUGGCGGUUCCUACGUAGUCCGUAUAAAGGCCCAUAAUAAAAUACAACGUAAUGAAACGCGCGCACGCGUCCGAGCCGCGCACGCCCGCUCCGGCCUGCGCACGAACGGACCCGCGCCCUAAAUGGACCUAAAUACAGACUAUGUAGGACCCGCCACCGAGCAUUCACACUGCGCCGCGGGUCCGCUCAGGGGCCCUACCGCGAAAUUCGCGAAUUGCGGGGAUAUUUCUCUUUUACUCUCACUAAUUGUACGACGUUAGAGUGACAGACGAAAAUGCCCGCAAUUGACGAACUUUAAUUUUCGCGGUUAUAGCCCAGGUCGCGCCGUAUGUGCAUUGAGCUUUACGUGUGAAAAUCUAGUUACCCAAUAGCGUAUGGCGCCGUAAAUUACUGUUUACAUUAGGCGUCAAAUUUUCAAAUUAGUGGCAUGUUCUUUAGGCUAUAUGCGUCUAAGUAUUCAUUUUUCUAUGAUCUUAAUAUAACUGUAAGCACCCUUAAUUUCUAUAAUAUAAAAAUUCACCAGCAAAGAUGCAUUAAUUUAUUUUUUUGUGCAGUCUAAGAAAAGAUCGUGCCUCUGAGUUUGACAGCUGAAAGAUGGCGCUGUACGACACGUAUUGUACCAUACAGCGCCAUUUAGGCAAGCUGUCAAAUUCAAAGCACGAAUUUGUCUUCAGACAUUUCACAUCUAAGACAAUUAAUCAGUCUGUUCACGGGUGAAUGUGACCAAUUGGAUACGAGGUUCACUUUUUAUUUAAAUAGGUAUGGGCUGUAUUGUAUAAGGAUAUAUAAUCAUUUGAUAUGUGAAAAUGUACGUCGCUAUAAGUGUCGCUACAGGCCUUGCUUUAACCUGUAAGAGAAGGGUCAGAUGUUGCCUUAUUAGGUCGACCAAAGUGGACUCAUUGUAUUGCGUAACUGUCUGAAAAUAUAAUAGUAACGGUAUAAACUAGACUUAUAUAUCAUGUAAAUAAUAGAGCCCAUGGACUGUCACUUUGUACGGGCUACCAUGGCAACACGAGUAUAAUAUUAGUCUAUUUCUAUUU